GAUUGGCCCAUUAUGGAGAAAAAUGAACACUUGGCAAGCAUCGCUUAUGCCGUCGGUUUUCUCUUACUUUUGCUAUGCAACGUUUCGGCGCAGAUCCGCUAUUCCAUAACCGAGGAAGUUAAAAAAGGAACGGUGGUUGGUAAUAUCGCAAAGGAUUUGGGACUGGAUACUAAUUCAUUGAAGGAGAGAGGAUGUCGAAUCGUGCCGGGGUCUACGGAGUCUCUGUUCCAGGUCAACCAGCACGAUGGUAUAUUGUAUGUCAAGGAAAUCAUUGACAGAGAGACCGUGUGCGAACGAACAAGUCCGUGCUUGAUCAAUCUGAAAACUGUUCUGGAAAAUCCUCUUGAGAUUCAUUAUGUUGUUGUCGAGGUGCUAGACGUGAACGAUCACUCUCCCAGCUUCUCGGAGAAGGAGGCUCGUUUAGAGGUUUCUGAAUCCAGUCAGCCAGGAUUACGGAUUCAACUCCAAACCGCUCGUGACUCGGACGUUGGUCAGUUUACAGUUCAAGAGUAUAAACUGAGCCACAACGACCACUUCCGUUUAGAAAUUAAAGAUCGUGGAAAAGACGGUAAAAUACCCGUGUUAAAUCUGCUAAGGCCGCUUGAUAGGGAGACAAAGGCCAGUCAUAGAUUACUUCUUACUGCCAUCGAUGGAGGAAAACCCCCGAGAUCAGGUUCAGUGCAAAUCCAAGUGAAUGUUUUAGAUGUUAAUGAUAAUAUGCCAAUUUUUACCAAAGAAAUUUAUGCUGUUGAUUUGAAUGAAAAUGCCCCUAUAGGCACCACCGUAAUACAAAUAAAUGCCACAGAUUUAGACCAGGGAUCGAACGGAGAAAUCCUCUAUUCUUUCGGUAAUAACGUGGACCGCACAAUACUAGAACUUUUUCGCAUCGAUCCAAAUACAGGUGAAAUUAUUGUGCAGGGUUUACUAGAUUUCGAAAUGUCAGAGAGCUAUGACAUUGAUAUAAAGGCUUCAGAUAAGGGAUCGGCUCCAUUCAAGACAGACAAAAGUGUAUUGGUUAAUAUUGUGGAUUUGAACGAUAAUGUGCCAGAAAUAGAAGUAACUUCGUUUUCAAGGGCAGUUGCGGAAGAUGCUCGACUGGGAACAACUGUUGCAUUAAUAAGCGUGAAUGAUCUAGAUUCUGGGCUUAACGGAAAAGUCGUUUGCUCUUUAAGUGAUGACAUUCCUUUCACGUUAUUUCCUUCUACUCAAGACAAAAUGUAUUCGUUGGUCACAAAAUCCCCUUUAGACAGAGAGAAGCAGUCUGGAUACAAUGUUAGAAUUAUUGCCUGCGACUCAGGAGUGCCAAUGCUAUCUUCAGAAAAAUACAUACACAUUGUAGUAUCAGAUGUAAACGACAAUAGUCCUACAUUUCCAUUAAGCCAUUACACAUUCUAUAUCACUGAAAACAACAACCCAAGUGCUUCCCUUUUUUCAGUCAGAGCCUCCGACCCAGACGAAGAUUCAAAUUCCCUCAUUUCAUAUCAUAUACCAAGAGUGGAACGGGAACAUUCGUCCUUUCUUAACAUCAACCAUGAAAGCGGCGUUAUAGUGGCCCACAAAAGCUUUGAUUUUGAAACUCUUAAAACGUUCCAAUUUCAUGUUGUUGCCACGGACGGGGGAACUAACUCACGAAGCAGCAACGUCACUGUUCAUGUGUUCAUUCUGGAUGAUAACGACAACCCUCCGGUUAUCUUACAUCCGCUCAGCUCUAACGGUUCUGCUGAGGGAGUAGAGGAGGUUCCUCGCAAUGUUCCUGCAGGCCACCUGGUGACUAAAGUGAGAGCCUACGAUGCUGAUAUAGGAUACAACGGCUGGCUGUUAUUCUCACUACAGGAAGUGAGUGACAACAGUCUCUUUGGUUUGGAUCGCUAUACUGGACGGAUAAGAACACUGCGCUCAUUCACAGAGACAGACGAGGCUCAACAUAAACUGGUCAUACUGGUCAAAGACAAUGGGAACGUGUCACUCUCAGCAACAGCUACUGUGGUUGUCAAGCUGGUGGAGCCCAAAGAGGCCAUUUCAGCUUCUGAUGUGAAAAGUGUUUCAAAGGCAGACGAUGAGAGCAAUGUCACUUUUUAUCUGAUGAUAACUCUGGGCUCUGUCUCUGCUCUCUUCAUCGCCAGCAUCAUCAUGUUGGUUGUGAUGCAAUGCUCCAAACCAAGGGAACUUAGUGCUGCAAAGUAUUUACAAGAAACCAACUAUGACGGAACUCUGUGUCACAGCAUCCAGUACAGAUCUGGAGAGAAACGCUAUAUGUUAGUUGGACCCAGAAUGAGUAUAGGAUCUACUAUAGUCCCGGGGAGCAAUGGGAACACUCUAGUGGUCCCCGACAGGAGGAGUACAUCUACAGAGGUAAGAUCAAUGAGAUAUUGAAUUGUUUGAUUGUGUUGCUUAUUUUGAUGAAGGGAAUAAUUAAACCCAAAAUGAGUUUAGCAUCUAAAAUAGCAAUAAUA